AUGUUGUUAAAAACAUUCUAUCAGCGAUUGUUUCCUUUUAAAGAAAUGUACAGAUGGCUGAGUUAUGGCGGAGUACACAACUAUCACUUCACCAACCGUGAAUUCAGCUUUACUCUGCUUUCCGAAACGUAUCUUCGAUAUCAGUCAUACAAGGGAUUUGAAGAUCUUAAAGCUGACAUUGUUCGACUAUGUCCUGCAAAAAUCGAUAUUGGUGCAGUAUACAACAUUAAACCUUGCGAGGGAAAAACAGUUGCAUCUUCUGUGUUUAUCCCAGUAGAGCGUGAAUUGGUUUUUGAUAUCGACAUGACAGAUUAUGACGAAAUUCGGACAUGCUGCAGUGGUGCGAAUGUUUGUAAAAAAUGCUGGCAUUUCAUGACCAUCUCCAUCAAAAUUAUUCAUCGGGCACUAAAGGAGGAUUUCGGAUUCAAACAUAUUCUUUGGGUCUUUAGUGGUCGUCGUGGUGUCCAUUGUUGGGUAAGUGACGAACGCGCACGUAAACUGACCGUUGAAUCUCGUCGAGCCAUUGUUUCUUACCUCGAAAUCAUUCACGGUGGUGACAAUAUGGCUCAAAAAGUGAAUUUAAAGGCCACUUUAUUGCAUCCAUCUUUGGCAUUGUCGUAUGAUGUGUGUUUAAAGUAUUUCGAGCCUGUUCUGUUGGAUAAAAUGCAAAUUCUGGCUACUCCUGAACGGUGGAACAAAGUACUGCGGAUCAUUUCUGACGAGUCAAUUUGUAAAUCACUCAAUGGUAUCUGGUCAUCUAAUCCAGAUUCAAGUUGCCGAGAAAAGUGGAAUCAACUCAAACGAGCUAUUUCAGAUGAUCAGAAACCUGCUCUUAAAGUACUUCCACGAAAUAUCAUACUGCAAUACACAUACCCUCGUCUUGACUCCAAUGUCAGUAUUGGUUUGAAUCAUUUGCUCAAAAGCCCAUUCUGUGUUCAUCCCAAAACAGGUUUCAUUUGCGUUCCAAUUGAUCCAGCUCGAUGUGAAGAAUUUGAUCCUCACCAUGUACCCACCAUUGAUUCUCUUAUUAAAGAACUGGAUGAAUUGCCGCCCUUUUCGCAGUCGAUUGGGUCGGGUGGAUCAGGAGACUACGAGCGCACAUCUCUUGGACCCUAUGUCAAAUAUUUCAAAGAACAAUUUCUAGACAGUAUGUCAGAGUCUAUCCGCGAAUCGUUGCGACAAAAAAAAGCUGACAUGGAUAAAUCUCUCCAAUUCUGA